AUGCGCAACCUUAGGAAUAUUCGUUAUGAACCAUGGACUCCUCCAGCUCAAUUUCAUGGGAGACCGGUCUCAGCAGCUACCUGGGAUCUAGCCAAUGAGUCGAUCGUAUGUACUUUUGGACCAUCCGAGGACAAUGCUGUGAUUGAACUCGUUCGAGUCAAGACAACUCCUCAGUUUCAAGAAAAUACUCGAAUCACUUCCUGGGAUGCGCCUUGUCCCAAUCCAGAACUUGCUUGUGACAAGAUUCUCAGCCUUCAUUACUUUAGUGACAGCUUAACAGCAUGUCUAGUACUAGCUGGAGGCGACAUUGUCGUUGUCAGAGAGGAGCCUCAGCCAGGAGAAGAUCGAAUUGAGAUUGUUGGUUCAGUUGAUGCUGGCAUCACUGCUGCAAAAUGGUCACCUGACGAGGAGCUUUUGGCCAUCACCACCAAGGCAGAUACGGUCGUUUUUAUGAGCCGCAGCUUUGAAGGGAUUACGGAUGUCGCUAUGAAUGGCGAAGAUCUCAAGGCUUCUAAUCAUGUCUCUGUCGGUUGGGGAAAGAAGGAGACUCAGUUUCAUGGCAAAGGGGCUAAAGCUUUGAAGGACCCGACUAUGCCUGAGAAGAUUGACGAGGGUGUUUUGAGUCCCAACGACGAUUCCAGAGUUUCAAUUAGUUGGAGAGGUGAUGGGGCUUACCUUGCCAUUUCGAAAAUCGAGGAUGGUAUUAGAAGGUUAAUUCGCGUCUACUCCCGAGAAGGAGUUCUUGACAGCGUUAGUGAGCCAGUGGAUGGGUUGGAAGGUGCAUUAAGUUGGCGACCCGUCGGGAAUCUUAUCGCGGGUGUUCAGAGGCUUCAAGACCGGGUCGAUGUUGUCUUCUUUGAGCGAAAUGGCCUACGACAUGGUCAGUUCAGUCUUCGCCUCUCCGCCGAAGAAAUGCAGGCUUCUGGUCAACACAUUACUCUGUCCUGGAACCAAGAUUCGACAGUUCUAGCUGUCAUUCUGGCAGACUCGAUACAACUCUGGACUAUGGGAAAUUACCACUGGUACCUAAAGCAAGAAAUAAAGACUAAGCAUGCAGACACCUCAUCUUGCAGUCCCUUGGUGUGGCAUCAAGAACGGCCCUUGCAGUUCCUGACGAUCGGUUCAGAUCACUUGAGCACCUUUGAAUAUAUAUUUACCGUUGCCCGUGGUUCGGUUAUUCCUCCUCAUGAUUUCGGAGUUGUCGGUGUGAUUGAUGGGCAGAAUAUCAAAAUCACCCCAAUGAAGAUUACGAAUGUCCCUCCACCAAUGGCACUUCAUGAACUCAAGGUUUAUUCAAAUGCUAUAGAUGUGGCUUUCAGCGCCGACGGAUCACUUUUCGCUGUCUUGCACUUAGAUGGCAUUGCUGUAUACGAGUGGAAUCCUGCUGAUUCGGAAUCAGCACCCUCCCUUACUGGUCGUGUGACCUUCGAAAAGACGGAGCGUGCCGACGAUAUGUAUCAACAAAUAACAUUUAUUGGCAAAAAUAGCCUACUGGUACUGCAGCCAAUUGCCGCAUCCGAUGAGCCGGUCAAGAAGUAUGCUUUCGAUGAUGAUACUGGCCGAAUGGAAAAAGUUGUAUCUGGUAUUAACACAAACUCGAUCAUCCGAACGAUGUCCAGUUUUGCUUCAGAUGGAUUGAGUCACCCUUUUGUACAAACAGGCUCUGGAGAAUUACAUAGCUUAGCGUUUGGAGACCACAGCCUAGGGGAGUGCACCUUCCCUGCAUAUAUGCCGUGGGUAGAGAUAAUCCCCUAUGACGAAGGAUUUAUUGCGUUUGGCAUGUCUAUCAGCGGAAAUCUCUACGCUAAUAGCCGUUUACUGGUUAAGAACUGUACUUCUUUCCUUGUAACAUCAGCACAUCUCAUUUUCACCACUACCACUCACCUUAUAAAAUUCGUGCACAUAGUAGAUGCUCAAGAUCUCGUAAUACCAGAGGAUGACCCAGAAAUAGACGAACGAUGUAGAAGUGUAGAGCGUGGUUCUUGUCUUGUCACCGCAAUGCCCACUGCACUUAGCCUUGUCUUACAGAUGCCAAGGGGUAAUCUAGAGACAAUAUAUCCUCGUGCUAUGGUACUUGCUGGAAUUCGAAAAUUGAUUGAUGAGAAGAAUUACAAAAGGGCUUUUACUCAUUGCAGGACUCAAAGAGUGGAUAUGAACCUAUUGUACGAUCAUGCACCUGAGCAAUUCAUCUCAAACAUAGCCUUGUUUGUUGAUCAAGUCAAGAAGAUAAGCUACAUUGACUUAUUCUUGUCCUCGCUAAGAGACGAAGAUGUCACCCAAGUCAUGUACAAAGAAACUAGGGUACCGAAAGCUGCCGAAGCUACACCAUUAGCAUUGAAUGGCACAAGUACUCUAAUUGCUAUAGAGCAAGCAUUUGCCCCAAAUGUGUCAAAGAUCAACCGAAUCUGCGAUGCAUUCCUCGAAGUACUCAAAACGAGAACGGCCACGAAUCUUCAAAACGUAAUUACCGCAAACGUGUGUAAAUCACCACCUGCACUAGAAGACGGGCUACUGGUUGUAGCCCAGUUCAUGGAGAAAGAUGAGGCCAUGGCGGACAAAGCUGUUGAGCAUAUUUGUUUCCUGGCGGAUGUCAACAAGCUAUAUGAUAACGCCCUGGGUCUAUACAAUUUAGACCUUGCGUUACUUGUUGCUCAGCAGUCGCAAAAGGAUCCCCGAGAAUAUUUACCUUUCAUGCAAAAGCUGCAAGAAAUGCCCGACCUACGCCGUCGCUUCAGCAUAGACGACCAUCUCGGACGUCAUAGCAAAGCACUUACUCAUCUACACGCCCUCGACGCCUUCGAAGAGCUUCAAGCUUACACCAAGAAACACGCACUCUACCAAUCCGCUCUCUCAAUAUACCGCUAUACUCCAGCCCGCCAUUCAAUCCUCACCGAACUCUACGCACAAUACCUGGAAUCCCAAUCCUCAUUUAAAGAAGCCGCCUUAGCAUACGAAUCUCUCCACAACUACACCUCCGCAACAUCCUGCUAUCUCUCCUCUGGCCCUCAACAGUGGCGCGAAACCCUCUACAGCGCCCUCUCCCAGACUCCACCUAUCUCGCCCUCAGCACUCGAAGAUUUAGCUACUUCACUCUGCGAAGCUCUCACAGAAUCAAAAGACCACUUCGCAGCCGCCCAAAUCCAUCUCCAAUACCUCUCCUCCCUCCCCAAUGCCCUCCGAUCAUACUGCAAAGGCUAUCAUUUCGCCGAAGCCUUCCUUCUCGUCGCCCAAAAACAAACCCCAGAACUACUAGAAGAAGUAAUCGACCCAGGCCUCACCGACGCCCUCGCAUCCACCACCGAACUCCUCGCGGACUGCAAAGCCCAACUCCUCGCGCAGGUCCCACGAAUCCGCGAACUCCGUCUCAAAGCCAAGACCGACCCGCUGGCCUUCUACGAAGGCGAACGCUCUGGUGGUAUUGAUGGAGAUUUACCGGAUGAUGUCUCGAUCGCCGCGUCUUCCCGACUGUCGACGAAUCGAUCGCUGUUCACGCGGUAUACGGGGAAUGGAACGCUUCAGACGGCAAAUACGGGGACGAGUAGGGCGACUAGUAAGAAUCGACGACGUGAGGAGCGGAAGAGGGCGAGGGGGAAGAAGGGGAGUGUUUAUGAGGAGGAAUAUCUCGUCGCUUCCGUCGGGCGACUUAUCGCUCGCGUGGAGAGUGUGCGUGAGGAAGUUGGUAGAUUAAUUGAGGGAUUGGUGAGGAGGGGGAUGUGGGAGCGUAGUCGUGCUGUGGAAAGUGCGAUGGGGGAUGUAGUGGGGUUGUGUAAGGGGUGUAUUCCUGAGGUUUUUGGGACGGAGGAGGAGAAGGUUGAGAAUGGUGGAGAGGAGGGUGAGCAGUGGAAACCUACGGGUGGGGAUGCUGUGUUGGCGGAUAGUAUUAGGGAGAGGGGACUUAGGAAGGGAAGUCCUGUUAUUGGGGCUUUUGAGAGGUUGACGCUGUUGGGGAAUUAG